AUGCGGUUCCUAUUCGCUCUAGUCCUCGGCGUGCUCCUGUGCCUGCUCCUGGCUCAGGAGGGCAGUAGUACCACAACUACAACCACAACUACAGACGCGACCACAACUACAACUACCACGGCUUCAUCCGACACCACCACCACCACCACUGACUCCUCCAGCACCACCACGACCACUGCCUCCUCCUCGUCCUCUUCCUCGGCGGAGGCCAAGAGGCGCAGACGUGCUCGCCGCCGUCGCCUGGCUCGUGAGCGCCGGCGUCGCCAGGAACGGAGGCAGCGCCAGGAAAAGAGGAGGCGCAGGAUGGAGCAGCUGCUUGCCAGGCAGCGCCGCCUGAUCAAUCAGCUUCAGGGAUAA